ACGUGCGUAUUUGUAUAGCGUUUGUGUCAUUUCACCUAGGCGGUGCUGAGCAUUUCCUUUCUGCGAUUGUCUCCUCGGCUCUGGCGGCUCUGUUUCCGCAGGAAUGGCUUUCUUACUGAGCAAAACCGCCAUGUUUUCUCGCUCUCUGUCUCAUUCUCAGAAACCGGAAGAUCCUUCUUUCCUUUCACGCCGUCGACUCCACAUCGAACCGGGUGCUCGGGAGAAAGCUCUUUUAGAAGAAGACCCUGCUUUGAAGCGGUUCAAAUCGCAUAAGAAGAGUGUCUGGCGACUCAAAAGAGUGGGGGACGUGCUCACAAUUGUUGUUGUUGCUGGCUGUUGCUAUGAAAUCUAUGUCAAAGCAGUUAUGCGGGAAGAAGCUCGGAAACAGGCACGGGCUACUAGUGAGGGAGCAUGAUGGACAUUGUACAUCUGUGAACAUUUUUCUUCUGUUCAUCUACUUUAAGAUCACUAGCUUCUAGAGGUUUCAUGUGUUUUUGUAGUUUCAUGCUGUCUGAAUAAGUGAUGAGCCUAAUAGUUCCAGUUGGUUGAAAUGAAACCAGGAACUGGGAGGGUUCAAAAAAGGGUGGAUUGUUUUUUUAACUGAGUUAGUUCAGGAAAUUUGGUAAACAAGGACUGUUCAUGGAGCGACAGGUGAAGAGAUAUCCUUGUAAACUUCGAUUUUCAGCAAAAUGAGGGGUUUGGAUAUCUGCUUGCACCAAUCGAAACAGUGCUUUCUUAAAUCUUGUAUAACCAAGUUGGACGGGAAUGUUGUAAAGCAUGUUUGUUAGCGGAA